GGUUAGGCACCACAGCUCUGAAGGUCAUGCUGUCCCCACCCCUUUGUUUUCAAAAUUAAAACCCACCUUAAAAUUGGGGGCUUUGAACUCAACACUCAGUUUAUCUUGGCUCAUUUAAGACACCAAACCAGACUGCUGCUGUGUGGGACCAGUGAGGAUAGUCAAAAACUUCUUUCAAACCCACAGGAACAAAUCAUGAUGGAGCUCCUCUACAAUGUAGAUCAUUGGAUCGAAAACAACAAGAAGAAUUUCAAUCCUCCUGUCUGCAACAAACUUAUGCAUGCCAAACAGUUAAAGGUUAUGUUUGUUGGGGGACCAAACAUUAGGAAGGAUUAUCAUAUCGAAGAAGGAGAGGAGUUGUUUUACCAGCUACGAGGUAACAUGUGUCUGAAGAUCAUAGAGAAAGGAAUACACAAGGAUGUGCACAUUCGAGAGGGAGAGAUGUUUUUGCUGCCUGCUCGGAUACCACAUUCCCCUCAGCGAAAGGCAGACACUGUAGGGCUGGUGAUCGAGAGAGAGAGGCUAACGACAGAAACUGAUGGGCUCAGGUAUUAUGUAGAAGACUCCACUGACGUGCUGUAUGAGAAAUGGUUCUACUGUGAAGACCUGGGUACCCAGCUUGGACCGAUAAUAAAUGAGUUCUUCAGAUCAGAACAAUAUAAAACUGGAAAACCAAAUCCAGAUGAGUUAAUGAAAAAAAUCCCAUUUUGCAUCAACACCAUCUCUACAGUUAUGAAGCCAUUUUCAUUCCAGGAUUGGAUCAAUCAGCAUCGCCAGGAACUUAAAGACACCAAGAUCGUGGAUGUGUUUGGUGACCAAUUUGAAACUAAGACGGUCGUCUACGGAAGUGGAGAGAGUGAAGAGAAGGCAAAUGUGGACACCUGGAUAUGGCAGCUGGAGGGCACAUCAGAUGUGUCAAUGAAUGGCAAAACUAUUUGCCUGACUACCGGAAGCAGUCUUCUCAUUCCUCUGAAGAGCAAGUACCUUUGGAAAAGAGCUGAAGGAUGCAUUGCACUUUACAUUGUACAGGAUCCAGCACGAAAGACGAUGACAAUUAACAGUUCUCAAAAGACGGUUGAUAAAGGCCUUGGUGGGAGAGUGUAACUAGCCCAUGACAUCAGAAAACUACUUAGGGACACAAAGUGCAUUUCUCAUAAGGAUGCCCAUGUACAUUAUACAGAACCAGAAAAUGCAGAGCAGAUAAGUCAUCUAGAUGCGCAUAUGUGCAGAAUAAUCUGGGAUGGGGGUUCAUGCAUCCUAAACUGUGCAAUGUAAUGAGGUUACACUGCAUUAACUUGUCUGUACAAAUUAAAUAAAUCUGAUUCAAUAAACUUUUCUACAGUC